AUGAUAGAAUUCAAGCCUAGCAACAACUCUCAUCUCAAUCCCUCAAAUAACGAUGCUAGGCAAUCUCAAACAAGUAGAACAUCUUUUGUAGACCUGGUGGACGAACUUUCCAGUGGAUCUGAUGAUGAUGGUCCAUUUAUUGCAAAGAAACGGAGAACGCUGGGGAUCUCAAAAACAAACGAUAGUGGGGUUUCUCAGCUUGGUUCCGAAAAGCAACCCACUCUCAAGUCUUCCUUACUCGAAAGAAAAAAAGAUAAUCAAGGCUCGCAUGUCUCUACAACUGGUAACUCUGCUGUCACCGCGAGCUCACUAGGAUCGUUCAGCAAACGAGUACGUUUUUCAAAGUCCUUUACCAGAUCAACGGAUAGCCCUGAGCAAGCAGACUCAGCUAACGACUCAAAUGAUAUUCCUUGGUUAGUGAAGUAUGCUCCUCGAGCAUCUUCUGAAGUUGCAAUUCAUACUAAGAAACUCGCUGAAAUAAAAUCGGCUCUCAUAGAUAUGGAUACAACUGGCAUGUCAAUAGCCAGACACCUGUAUAGACCCAGACUGUUGAUUAUCAGUGGACCCACUUCAAGUUCCAAAACGUCAGCUGUCACUACAUUAGCAAAUGAGCUCGGAUAUGAUGACAUACUGGAGUGGCAUAACCACGAUAGGAUAGAAAAUGGCAAAGGCACUAGUGAAUCAUUUGAGGACUUUCUUACAGGAGCCAUGUUUGCUGGUGGCUCAAAAGAGGGGAGCAAAAAGCUUGUUCUUGUUGAGGAUUUACCUAAUAUCUCACAUUAUGAAACAAAAGAGAAAUUCAAUCUUGCAUUGCUGCAAUGGAUAAACCAUCCAAUUACAGGGUUAAAUCUACCUCCGUUAGUACUAAUUGUGACGGAAUACGAUGUUCCAGAAGAGACUAGGAGGUAUGGUGCUUCCAGGAGGACCACAGGUUCUGUUGUCACUUCAUCUUUUGCAACAGACUCGGUUAUCGUAGAACGCAUUUUGGCAAAAAAGAUUAUAAACGACCCUCGAGUAACACGAAUAAAAGUACAACCAAUAAAUAUGACGUUAAUGACGAAAACCUUGAAGAACCUUGUUCAAAAAGAAUCAACAUUAUUUUCAAAGCUUCCAAUUACGAAAACAGAGCUUGACAAGGUUAUCAAAUCGCUGGCAAACGAAAGUGGAGGAGACCUUCGAUCAGCCAUCAACAGUCUUGAGUUUUGGGCAAAAUGGCAGUCAUCAAGGACCGAUACACUUAAACCAACUACGAAAGAAAGUAGCAUAGACUUAUUUCAUGCCUUAGGAAGGAUCAUUUACGGUAGUCACAAGGAUAGCAAAGGGGUGCCCGUCCUAAGCGACUCGGUAGUGGUUGAAUCCGUACUCAAGGACUGGGAAAACAACAACCGAGAUGGUACUAUCUCCUUGGCAAUACUUGAAAAUUAUCCUGGUGCACAUAACUCGCGUAUGAAUAUGGAAUCUAUAUGCUCUAUUGCCGAGCUGCUCAGCAAAUGCGAUACGAUGGUAGGUUACGAAAUCCCUACGGUCAUGUCCGACAUUUGCUUUGCUGGUACUCGAUAUAAACUAGGGCAUGCGAAGCUUAAAUCAACGGAAAAGCCUCAGUUUCGCCCUUUGGUAUAUCCUCGAGAUCGCAAGGCACAUUUUAAACAGCUUGAGAUAUCAGCAGAAUAUCUCAGCUACCGGGCAAGCUAUGCAAAAGACUAUGGCAUGAUGAUUAGCAGAUUGGAUAGUGUACUAUACGAUGGUUACUUUGAAGCAAGUAUCAAUAACAGCAUGAAACGGUCUGUCAGCAAUAGCAGUCGGUCGACAGUUAGGCGGCGACCAGGCGGGCCAAUUCAGUCGUUCUCGACCAUUAGAGCGGAGCAAAGCGAAGAAAAUGAAGAGGAUAUUCGCAACGAGGCAGUUCUCCCGGAAGCCACUGAACCACCACCACAAACAACCAAAUUCACGACCUUCUCCGACGACGACAUUGAAGACUCAGAUAACGAAGACUAA